AUGACGAUCGGAGUCUUGCCACCCUCACCCUCAUCCCAUCAUGCCCAACGACAACUAUCACCGCCACCCAUCGUGAUGGAAACAACCGAUGCCACGACCUCGCAAACCACAGAAAGUGUAAAGAAAAUCAACCGUUAUCUUUUAGAAAAAGAAAUAGGUCAUGGCACCUCGGGUCGAGUCCAUCUCGCUCUACACGUGGAUACACAUCAGCAUUACGCAAUCAAAGAGUUUAGUAAAUCAUGUCUACGAAAAAGAGAACAAAUAGCAAGAAUGAAAAGACGUCGCCACAGUAGCAGCUGCUGCAGUAACAGCAACAAUAGAAGAAGUGGUACGGUCGUUAUGCCCGUGAGAUGGGCUGGACCGCAAAAAUUACAGAAUACCUAUACAAGCUGUAAUAACCCUUUCGAUCUUAUUCGCACCGAAGUGGCUAUCCUUAAAAACCUGCGCCAUCGCAACAUCAUCACAUUAUAUGAAGUGCUGGAUGAUCCAAACAAUGAUUCACUUUAUAUGGUAGUCAUGGAUAUGGCGCAGAAAGGGAUCAUUAUGCACAUAGAUUUGCAUAAAACAGCAACGCCUUAUACUGAGAAAAUGGCGAGAUACUACUUUAGACAAGUCAUUCUCGGCAUUGAAUAUUUACAUUUUAAUGGCAUUGUGCAUAAAGAUAUCAAGCCUGACAACCUAUUACUAUCGCAGGAGGAUGUCGUUAAAAUUGUCGAUUUCGGCGUCUCCGAAAUGUUCAUCCAAGGUGGAGGGGAUAACAUUACAUCCACUGCAGGAAGUCCAGCCUUCAUGCCGCCAGAACUCUGUAACCUAGUAUCUCCCCUGGGUUCUGUGUCCGGAAAGGCGGCAGACAUUUGGUCUAUGGGCGUGACACUGUAUUGCCUAGUCCAUGGACAUGUACCCUUUGCGAGUGAAGGCUUACUGGAUCUGUACGAGAAAAUCAAACAACAACCUCUUAUCCACCUUUUGGAAAAACUAUUAGAGAAGGAUCCCACGAAACGAAUCAGAAUGCGCGAAUUAAGGCAUCACCCUUGGGUCACCCAUGACGGCAAAGAACCUAUGAUACCAGAAAAGGAAAAUUGCGCUUCAGUUUUGACCAGUAUCACAGAAAAGGAUAUACACAAUGCAAUUACAAAGGUUCGCCACAUCUUUACUGUCGUAAAGUAG